UUAGGGUUUCAUAAUCUCAAACAUCAUCAUCUUCUCCAAAAAUUCUAGAUCGAUUUCCUCCCUCGUCUUUCACCUUUCGUAUUAAUGGGAGGCCACGGUGGUCUGAAUAUUCUCCCCCAGAAGCGAUGGAAUGUUUACAACUUCGAUAACAGAGAAAAAGUCAAACAAGAUGAAGAAGCCGCCGCAAAAGAGGAACAGCUCAAGCGCGAACAAUCUCGUAAGAAGGACGCCGAGUUCCGCCUCGAACAAUUGCGUACCUCCCGCGGUUUAGCGCCUUUGAUUCGAUCCGAAUCAAACCAAACUCAACAAGUUGAGAAUUCACAUAAAGCGGAACCGCAACCUGAAGCGGUGGUGGUACCGGAACCGGAAUUAGAACCUCAAUCGAAUCAUAUUAAUCUGUUUGAAGGAAUUAAGAUCUUUGAUCCAGUUGAUGAUUCAGUUAGCGGUGGAGGAGAGGGGAAAAGAAAGAGAAGAGGAGAGGAGGAAGAGAAAGGAGGUGGGUUGAAGAAGAUGAAGAAGAAAGAGGAACCGCCAAGAACAGUUGGUCCUGAAGAUGAGAAAUAUAGACUGGGUUAUGGAAUUGCAGGGAAGGGUGUGAAGUUGCCAUGGUACAUGUCAAAGCCUAGUGUUAAGGAUUCCGACAAAGGUGAUGAUGAUAAGUCGAGAAUUGUGAAGGAAAAGAGCAAGAACAGUGGAAGGAAGACAUUAGAGGAACUUAGAGAUGAACGAUUGAGAAGAGAGAAGAAAGAAAAGGAAAGGGAACGAGCUUUGAUUGUCGAGAAAAAAAGCAGCAGAAGGGAUGAUGAUAGAUCUGGUUCUAACAAGAGAGAUUUCAGUAGAAGAAAACCCUACUUCUGAAUUUUGAUCAUCUCAAAAUCAAGAUGAAGAUUACUUGCUAUUUCCAUACGUGGGUUUGAUGCAGAAAGGUGGGAAAUGGUCAAGAAAGGGGUUGGUUGGUUGGUUGGUUUAUCUAUCUCUAUCUAUAAUUAAGUCAUUAGUAUAUUUCGUUUUCAUGUCCAAAUUGGUGGCUUUUGACAUGUCAAAGCCUGCUGCUGCCAUUGAAACACAUAUUAUAUACUUGUAAUUCUCAGAAUUAGUUGCCUAGUUUCUUCAAUAUUUUAAGUCAAAUGUCCAAAUACAUGACAGUUAAUGCAACGAUCGUGGAACUAAGCCUGACAUAGAUGGCUCAAAUAUUAUUGUUUAUUUUUUUGACUGUC